CGGAGCUGUGGUUCCGAGAGCGGUGACCUGAGGGAGUCUGCUGCUGCCCCACACUCCCACCCAAGAUGACAGCCAGCAAACGGGUAGCGAAGAGGACUGCACUGCCUUGAAUGUGUGAAUGCUUUUCAACGUCUCUUCCAGAAGAUCUGGAGUCCCAUGGGAGUUGGAGGAUCUUUUGAAGCAGCUUCCACCAUACCUGCGGGACCUGUCUAGCGAUGCUGGCAAUGUGCUGGUGUGGCGCAUGCUCCUGCUGCCUGACCAACCUCCCUAUCACCUCAAGGCCUUCCAUCUGCAAAUUGAUUUCCCCAGGGAUUAUCCACUUAGGCCUCCCACUUUGAAAUUCAUCACCAAGAUCUACCACCCCAACGUCAGGGAGGAUGGGCAGGUGUGCCUGCCCCUCAUCAGCAUUGAGAACUGGAAACCUUCCACCAAGACCUGCCAAGUCUUGGAGGCCCUCAACAUGCUGGUGGGUAGACCAAAUCCAGAAGAGCCCGUGCGGCUGGAGCUUGCUGACCUUCUGACCCAGAACCCUGAGAUGUUCAAGAGGAAGGCAGAAGAAUUCACCCUUCAGUUUGGAAUGGACCGACCCUCUUAAUUCUGGUUCCGAGGCGUCUCUGCCUGGACCGUUUGCUCGGUGGAUGGAUAUCAGAGACUGUCACCAGAGGCCUUGAAGGCCCAUCCUUGUACUCAUGCUUUCCUUUGUAGCUGCUACCUACGAAUAAAUGUGCCCAAUGUGCAUA